CGUUAAUGUUUAAUGCCUCAUCUUCACACUUUCUUUUCCCUCUCCUAAAACCCCACUUUAUUGUUAAAAACUCCUUUUUUUUCAGAUCCUGAUAUUUUAUUUCCCUGUCAGUAUCCAAAUAUCAAUUUUUUUUCACUUUCAUUAGGUAAAAUAUUACUUAUAAUAUUAAGCUUUCUCACUCAUCUGACUUUUCUUUCUAUCUUGCUUCCUUUGAACAUUUCUGAUAUUCUUGGUGUGUCAGAAAACUCACAUAUCCUAUUCUUCAUCUCCAAGAAAUACCCACAAAAAAAAACCAUUCUUGGAUCAAUAAAAUUACCCAAAACUCUUUGUAACACCUUUUUUUUCCCCUUCUAAAUGGACACUUUGAAUGAUUCUGAGAAUGCAAAUAUUUCUGCAAGUUCAAAUUCGACGAUAUUUGGAGUAGAAUUCACACCACUACGGUUCUUUCAAUCACCAGUUUCGACUUUGUUAGAAUAUUCCGGGCUAUUUCGGGUCAGACCCGAUAACCCGGAUAACUCGGAAACGGACCCUCUUGUAGGUGAUAAUAAUACUACUGUUACAAAUGACACUGAAUCCACUAGUAAUGGGGAGGUUUCAAUUAGUAUAAUUGGUGCUGACGUGGAAGAUGAUGACGUGGCGGUGAUGGAUGGUGGGGUAGGGGUAGGGGGUGGUGUUGUAGAGGAGAGGGGUUCUGGUGUGGACGCGUCUACUGUACCUGUAAGUGAAGAUGAUGAUGAUGGUAAUGGUAAUAAUAUGGAUUCGUCGUAUCGAAGGUUUGAUAUGCAGCAAGUUGCGAGGUGGAUUGAGCAGAUUCUACCAUUUUCAUUGCUUCUCUUGUUUGUUUUCAUCCGCCAGCAUUUGCAAGGUUUCUUUGUCACAAUUUGGAUAACUGCCAUCAUGUUCAAGUCAAAUGACAUUCUUCGAAAGCAGACAGCUUUAAAGGGAGAGAGAAAGAUAGAUGUCCUUGUUGGUUAUUUUGUGGUUUUUGUGAUUCAUGUUAUUGGAAUCUACUGGUGGUAUCGCAGCGAUGACCUUUUCUAUCCAUUACUUAUGGUUCCUCCGAAGGCCAUCCCACCUUUCUGGCAUGCUAUUUUCAUUGUCCUGGUAAACGAUACGAUGGUGCGGCAGGCAGCAAUGGUUUUGAAGUUGGUGCUGCUCAUGUAUUACAAGAAUGGCAGGGGCCACAAUUUCCGUAGACAGGGCCAAAUGCUGACUCUGGUGGAGUACACGCUGUUGUUAUACCGUGCAUUGUUACCAACUCCUGUCUGGUAUAGAUUCUUUCUCAAUAAAGAAUACGGAAGCCUUUUUUCAUCACUGACAACAGGAUUGUACUUGACGUUCAAGCUUACCUCAACUGUUGAGAAGGUAAAAUCAUUCUUUACUGCUUUGAAGGCAUUGUCAAGAAAAGAAGUCCAUUAUGGGUCUCAUGCCACACCUGAGCAGGUGCAUGCGGCUGGUGAUCUGUGCGCUAUUUGCCAGGAGAAGAUGCAUACACCAAUUUUGUUACGUUGCAAACACAUCUUCUGUGAAGACUGUGUCUCAGAAUGGUUUGAAAGAGAAAGAACAUGCCCUCUGUGCAGAGCGUUGGUCAGACCGGCUGAUCUAAGAUCGUUUGGUGAUGGAUCCACUAGCCUUUUCUUCCAGCUAUUCUAGACUACAUACAGAUUAUCCUCCUACGCCCAAGUAAAUAUCUGUUCACGACAUACUGGAUUCUGGGGGUUGCCCUGUUAAGGUUUGUGCCGGAAUGCAGCAGUUGAAAAAAAAGGCUAUACUUUUCAUUGGCGUGGAUUCUUUGACGAAGAAUUAGUGGGAAGAGAUAUACUCAUUCUCCCAUAUCGUACAUAUAUUGAUUUUUUUCCCUACUAUGAAGGGAUGUGCUCCCAAAAGAAUAGAAAGAAAGAAAAUGUAUGUAGUAAUUCACAAUUCCUUAACCUUAGAGCUUGAAUUUUGUUUCGUCUGUCGUUCUUUUUAAAUGCCAAAGGCAUUAUGUCUUAAAAUAUAUAACAUAUAAAGGUGCUUCUAUAUUGCACUAAGCAGUGCGCUGGAAUUUGGGGAUGCAGUUUUAGUUUAUUUUACAAAUUGUUCUGACUGGUGAAUCUUGAUUGGUUUUCAUUAUAAGAAAACUUUGAUUUACGAA